UUUAUUCUAGUCACCAUGGCCGGCGCUCGGGGUCUCCGUCCGUUUGUCGUCUGUACGGUGGUGAUUCUGCUGGUUCUUCCGCGUAAAUCAGAUGCCGUUGUCGUCUCCACCACUCAUGGCGACGUGAGAGGUUCAGAGUUCCUGACCUCCUCUGUUGUCGGAAAUGCCGUCUUUGACCGCGUCUUCACCUUCAAGGGGAUUCCUUACGCCGCUCCGCCUGUGGGGCACCUCAGGUGGCGCCCUCCCCAGGACCCGAGCCGCUGGACAGGUAUCCGUGACGUCACAGAGUUCGGCUCCAGAUGUCCACAGUACGAGUUUCCCCUGCCUGGUCCGAUCCACAUCGAGGUCAUGGGAUCCGGCGGUAUCGCCAUCAGCGAGGACUGCCUGUUCCUGAACGUGUACACUCCAGACGUAUCCGCUACUGCAAACCUGCCUGUGAUGGUGUGGAUCCCUGGUGGAGGUUGGAUGGGUGGCAGUGGUACAACCUACCCAGCUGAGAUCCCCACGUCACUCCAUAACGUCGUCAUGGUAACCAUCAACUACCGGCUGGGUAACCUGGGCUUCCUGCCGACCCGGGACGAUGACGCACCCGGCAACUUUGGGCUUCUGGAUGCGAUAAAGGCCCUCGAGUGGGUUCAGGCGAACAUCCGGAACUUCGGAGGAGAUCCCGACAGAGUCACCAUAUUUGGAGAGUCAGCUGGAGGCUACUCUGUCUCCCUGCUCGUCAUGUCUUCCAUGGCAACGGGACUGUUCCACCGGGCCAUCUCUCAGAGCGGCGUGGCGGGAGUUCCAGUCGCACAGAAAGGCGACAUCACACAAACACAAAACCUCGCUGUCAGCUUGAACUGCAGCACGGACUCCUACGAUGACAUGAUGAGUUGUCUGAGGGGGUAUGUACAAUUCUGUACAUCAUGAACAAAUGAUAACUGA